GCGGUGUACGGUUUGAGUGCGAUGCUGACGGCUUGCCGCUGACUAGGUCACAUUUUUCUGCUGGCUGCCAGCGGCAUUGGAAGGAUCCGCGGAGACCAUCACCCCACGCAAUGGAGGCAGUGACCAUGGAGGAUGUGCUUGUGAACUUCACCAUGGAGGAGUGGGCUGUGCUGAAUCCAUCUCAGAAGAAGCUCUACAGAGAAGUGAUGUGGGAAACAUUUAUGAAUGUGACUGCUGUAGGAAGAAGCUUUAGAAAACAGCAAAUUGAAGAAUACAAAAAUUGCUCAAGAAAUCUAAGAAGAGAAGAAUUAGUGAAAUUCUCUCAAAAUAAAGCUUGGGAUCAGCAUGGAAAAAUAUCCCUUAGGACUUCCAGUGAGCAUGUGGAGAUACAACAGGCUGCUCUGAAGAUAGUUGAUAGCCUUGCUUGUAGAAAGCCCCUGACUGGGCAUUCAUCAUUAAACAUGUUCAUUUUACCUCACACUGGACUGAAGUCACGUGAGUAUGUGGGAUUUGAUGAGAAGCUGUAUAAUUGCAAUGAACGUGACAAAACCUGCAGUGAUUUCCAGUCCUUUCAGAAGCAUGCAAGAACAAAGUCUGAAAGGAAAUCCUAUCAAUUUGAGCAAUGUGGGAAAACCUAUGACCUUAAAGAAAGAACUCGCCUGGGAGUGGAGACAUUUGUGUGUAAGAAAACAGUGAAAGCCUCCAGCAUUCCAAAUGGUGUUAAAAUCCAUGACAGAAUUCAUAUUGGGAAGACACCCUAUAUAUGUAAGCAAUGUGGGAAAAUAUUUACUUACAAGUCUGCGUUGCAUAGACAUAAACGAACCCACACAGGUGAAAAAGCCUACAGAUGUAAGCAGUGUGGGAAAGCAUUCAGUACACUGAGUUAUUGUAAAAUACAUGAAAGAACUCACACUGGUGAGAGACCAUAUAGGUGUGAGAAAUGUGGGAAAGCAUUCACUAGACAGAUGUGUUGUAAAAUACAUGAAAGAAUUCACACUGGGGAGAAACCUUACGCUUGUAAGCAAUGUGGAAAAGCAUUCACUACAGUUAGUAAUCGUAAAAAACAUGAAAGAAGUCACAACGGGGAGAAACCUUACGCAUGUAAGCUAUGUGGAAAAACAUAUACUACAUUGAGCUAUUGUAAAAUUCAUGAAGGAAGUCACACUGGUGAGAAAUUGUAUGUAUGUGAGAAAUGUGGAAAAGCAUUCACUACACUGAGUUACUGUAAAAUACAUGAGAGAGGUCACACUGGUGAGAAACCCUAUAUAUGUAAGAUAUGUGGAAAAGGAUUUGUUGAUAAGUCUGUAUUUUACAGGCAUAAACGAAUGCACACAGGUGUGAAAGGCUAUGUGUGUAAGCAAUGUGGGAAAGCAUUCUUUACAUUCAGUAAUUGUAAAAAACAUGAAAGAAGUCACAGUGGGGAGAAACCCUAUGUAUGUAAGCAAUGUGGGAAAGCAUUUACUACACAGGGUUAUUGUAGAAUACAUGAAAGAACUCACAGUGGGGAGGCGGCAUAUAUGUGUGAGAAAUGUGGAAGAGGAUUUGUUGAUAGGUCUGUAUUUCGCAGACAUAAACGAAUCCACACAGGUGAGAAAAACUAUGUAUGUAAGCAGUGUGGGAAGGCAUUCACUACACUGAGUAAUUGUAAAAAGCAUGAAAGAAGUCACACUGGGGAGAAACCUUAUGCAUGUAAGCAUUGUGGAAAAGCAUUCACUACACUCAGUUAUUGUAAAAUGCAUGAAAGUAAUCACACUGGCAAGAAAAUGUAUAUAUGUGAGACAUGUGGAAAAGCAUUCAGUACACUGAGUUAUUGUAAAAUACAUGAGAGAAUUCACACUGGAGAGAGACCCUACAUAUGUAAUGACUGUGGAAAAGGGUUUGCUGAUAAGUCUGUAUUUAAUAGACAUAAACGAAUCCACACAGGUGAGAAAGCCUAUCUAUGUGAAAAAUGUGGAAAAGCAUUCACUUCACUAAAUUAUUGUAAAAUGCAUCAAAAAACUCACAGUGGGGAAAGACCCUACGUAUGUAAGCAAUGUGGAAAAGGAUUUGCUGAAAAGUCUGUAUUUAAUAGACAUAAACGAACUCACACAGGUGAGAAACCUUUUAUGUGUAAGCAGUGUGGGAAAGCAUUCACCACAAUGAGUUAUUGUAAAGUACAUGAAAGAAAUCACACUGGCAAGAAACUGUAUGUGAGAAAUGUAGAAAAACUUUCACUAAACUGAGCUAUUAUAAAGUAUAUGAAAGAGGUCACACUCAGGAGAGACUAUGUAAGCAAUAUGGAAAAGGACUUGCUCAAAACUGAUAGACAUAAACCCAUACUGAAAGAAAGCCUAUACGUGUAAGCAGUGAGGUGAAGUAUGUAACUACAGAAUUACAAAAGUACAUGAAUGGGAGCACAUUUGUAAGAAACUGUAUAUGUGAGAAAUGUGCAAAAGCCUUAAUUAGACAGAUGUGUUAAAAAGUCCAUGAAAGAAUUCACAGAGAGGAGAAACCCUGUGCAUGUAAACAAUGGGAAGGCAUUCGCCACACAUCAUUAUCGGCACAUUCAUGAAAGAGCCCAUGCUAGGGAGAAACCUUAUUAGUUCAGACAGGAGGAAAGGGAUUCAUAGCACAGAUAUUAUCAAAGACCUGAAGUUUACUCCUACUUGGGAGAAACCUUUUGUGUGAAUGUGGGGAGGAGUGUCCUGCACAAGACCAUUGUCAAAGACAUGAACUUAGAGGUAAGUCAACUAUGUGGAAAAGAUUUGAUGAGUCCUCUUCUGCGUAGAGCUCAUUGAUUUGGAACUCUGUGUAUAUACAAUGUAGGGAAAAUACGUAAUAAGCAGUUUUUAUCAACUUCAUGAAAGACAUCACACUAGGGAGAAACCUUGUGUAUUCAAGCUGUUUUGAAAAAUCGUGGAAAAAUUUGUAAUGUAGUAGAAGCAUGUACAAUUUUAAUGAGAAAUUUGAUGUCAAUAUUGCCUCAUAAAUUUUCUGGAAAAUACAGUCCCCAGUGGAGUUAUCCCAGAAUGUAUUCUUUCUGGAUCUUUUUGUAAAUCUCUUGUAGAUAUGUGACUUAUGUACCUGUAGUUUUUACUAUAAAAACAUCAACAUAAUAGAUUUUUGUGGAAGCCAUUGUCUUUAAAUUCAAUAUAUACUAUCUUCUAAUGAAGUGUAUUUCUCAGUUGCAAAUAGUAUUACUGUGUAGUUUAAUUUUGUUUUUAUUAUGGGGAGGUAUAGGCUACUAAAAAUAACUUUUAUUCAUUGUUUAUUAUUUGAUAGGAUUUCCCACUAGCAUUGACUUUACUUUUUCUAGUACAUAUAUUUCAUAUUUUAUGUAAAAAAGCUAUUUUUGAAUAUU